AUGUCGGGGUACGCUGACAACACUACAGCCCCUCACUUUUGUGGUGUCUCCGGGGCCAGGAAGGGCGUGGAGCUGGCCCAUGGGGCAGAGACCUGCCACAAAAGCCCUGGGAAUUGUCCUGUCGUCAUGCUGCGACACAUCGGCAUCAAGCUGCCAGGCACUUCUAAAGUGGCCGAAGCUGGGAAAAUAAACGGCCCAUUUCUUGCGUGGGGUCCUCGAGAAGUUCUGGUGGACUGGCCAAGGCCUCCUGACUACCACCGGCAUCAUGAACCCGCGGUCCGUAAUUUACGAUCGAAAUACCGGGUAAACUUCCUUUUCUUCAUCUGCGUCGAGGCUCAUGUCUCGGAGCUGCACCAGAUCAAGUCCGGGAAGAAUGCUGCCAGGCUAUGCUACGUCUCGAGCCAAGAUGGCGGCCGCAGCUGGAGCCAGCUGACCGACUUGACCGAUCGAGUGAUCGGGGACGACAUGAGAAACUGGGCCACCUUUGCCGUCGGGCCGGGCCACGGGCUGCAAUUGAGCUCCGGGCGCCUGGUGAUCCCGGCGUAUACUUACUACAUCCAUAAGCGUAGCUGUGGCCUCCCGGUUUGUUGCUGCACCAAGCCUCAUUGCUUCAUUUUCUACAGCGACGACAGUGGCCGGAGCUGGGCCCUGGGCCAGCUCGUCACAGCCUUGCGUGCCGGAGAGUGCCAGGUGGCUGAGCUGACCAGCGAGGACGACAACCGAGUGUUAUACUGCAACGGCCGCAGCCCGGACAAGUACAGGGUCGAGGCCUUCAGCACAGACGACGGGAACCAAUUCGAGGAGUCCUUCCUAUGCAAGGAGUUGCCAGAGACAGGGAAAGGUUGCCUCGGCAGUGUUGUGAGUUUCACCCCAGUCCUGCGGCACCUGGGUGUGGACCGCCUGGAGAAAGACGGAGGGGAACCGAGUUAUCCGCUCGUCGAUACUCCCUCGGUGUCCCUCAAGACUCCCGAGCAGUGGCUGCUUUUCUCUCACCCCACGGGCAGGCGCAAGCGAGUCGACCUGGGCAUCUACCUCAACACCACCCCUCUGGUGAAGGGCAGCUGGAAGGACCCCUGGGUGCUGAAUGAAGGGCCCAGCGGGUACUCGGACCUGGUGGCGUGCGAGGAGAGCGGUUCGGUGCUCUUCGGCUGCUUGUUCGAGAGCGGAGUGUCCAGUGAGCUGGAAGAAAUCGCGUUCCAGCUUUUCAGCGAUACCGAGCUCCUGAAGAAUGUGAAGGAAGGCUGACCUGGCACGGAUCCAUCCUCUGAGAUGUGGUGGCCUGAAUCUAACAACGUCAAGGAUAUUUCGCACCCGCUGAUGGAAAAUGUUUUUCGUUUUCUUCCUUCUUCUGCCGGUCUUGCCUCGGUCACUGGCUUGGAGAAGGGCUUUCCUGGUUCCGUCUGGCAGCAUGUAUCCCCCACCUGCAGCGAACACUUUCUACUGCCACUCACUAUGAUAUGACACAAUAGAAAUUACGCAGAAGAAGGCAAUUGCUGUCUACUUUCCGAUGAAGCCUUUGUUAUAAGUAUAAUACAGUGGUGGCGAACCUAUGGCACGGGUGCCAGAGGUGGCACUCAGAGCCCUCUCUGAGGGCACGCACAAACAGAGUCACCCCCUUCCCCCCACACAUCUAGACUGGC